UAAAAUUCUAAGUUUAUUUCCAGAAGUAUAAAAUGUCUUGAAAAUGUCGAAUACAACCAAAGAAAUAACCGAGGGAGGUUGGUGCUCCGAUCCUCUCCUAGAUCUUCAGCUCUCUUGGGACACACAGGAUCCCGAUAUAUCAGUAUGUCUUCAGAAAACAGUCUUACUCUGGGCACCCUGUGGAUUUCUAUGGCUGCUUGCCCCAAUUCAGGGGUGGAGAAUAUACAAGACGGAAGGAAAGAGUAUAUCCUACUCUCUACUGAAUAUACUCCGGUUGGUUCUAGCCGGAGGAGUAGGUUUACUAGCUUUUGGAGAUCUAGGAUACUGGUCUACCAGGGACCAUGAUACAGUUGAUAUAUUUGACCCGGUUCUACGGGCUCUAACCAUGCUACUCGUUAUUGUCAUAAUACAGGGUGAGAGGUUGAAAGGAUUCCGGAGUUCAGGUCUACUCUGGGUGUUCUGGAGUUUCUUCCUACUAUCCAGUAUACCUCGUCUAUACAGUCAGAUUAGGAGAGAGUAUCUUCAUCCCUCUCUUCAUAGAACCGAGCUGAUUUCCAACACUCUUACCUGGUUGAUAGUUCUAGUUCAGUGGAUUCUAGGAUUCGUCCUAGAUUCUGAACCCUUGUAUCAGGGUACAGAUGAAGCUGAGGUGGGAGAUCGGCCUAGUCCGGAGCUGACAGCAACCUUCCCCUCCCGUCUUCUCUUUAACUGGUUCAACAGCCUCGCCUGGACCGGAUACAAGAGAUCUAUCACGGAAUAUGAUCUCGGAGAUCUACACCCCAGGGAUCGGAGCGACACAGUAGCUCCGUUGUUCAACAGUUUCUGGGAACCUAAACUCAAGUUGGCAAGGUUGGAGAAAAGAGAUAAACCGGAAGCGUCCUAUGGAGCCGGUGCAGAUUCAGUCAAGAUUGAACCUGGAUCUACAGACAAAGCUCGAGCUUCUUUAUCCGUGUUUGGCCCUCUUAUAAAAUGCUUUGGAUUGAAGUUUAUCACCGGAUCCUUCCUAAAACUGAUCCAUGAUAUUCUUGUGUUCGCGUCCCCAAUCCUACUCCGACGGAUCAUCAUCUUCAGUGAGACGGAUGAGCCAACAUGGAGAGGCGUUGUGUAUGCAACUUCUCUUCUCCUGUUCGCCCUGGUUCAAUCCAUCCUGCUCUCUCAGUACUUCUACCAGAUGUAUCUUAUCGGGAUGUGGUCCAAAUCUUCUCUUAUAUCUGCUAUAUACAGGAAAAGUCUCCGUGUGUCCUCCUCGGCUAAGAAGGACACAACCUCGGGAGAGAUUGUGAACCUCAUGUCUGUGGAUUGUCAGCGUAUCGCUGAUAUGACCCCGUAUGUGAACAUGUUGUGGUCUGCCCCGCUUCAGAUUGGAGUAUCCAUGUACAUGCUGUACCAGGUUCUUGGACCCAGUGUCUUCGCGGGUCUUGCGGUCAUGAUUGUUCUUAUUCCGGUCAACGGGGUCAUUGCCGCUGUCACUAGAAAGCUGCACUUGAAGUUGAUGAAGCAGAAGGAUGUAAGGGUGAAGAAGAUGAAUGAAUUGCUCCAGGGGAUGAAGAUUCUCAAGCUCUACGCUUGGGAGAAGAGCUUUGUGAACGAGGUUGAUAUUAUCAGGAACAAGGAGCUGUCAAUCAUGUUGAAGAUGGCUUAUCUCAAUUCUGGAACUUCUUUCAUCUGGUCCUGCGCCCCUUUCGUAGUUUCCCUCGUCACCUUCGCCACCUACGUUCUCUCCUCCGAGGAUAAUGUUCUGGACUCACAGAAAGCUUUUACCUCCCUUGCCUUGUUCAACAUCCUUCGCUUCCCUCUCUCCAUGCUCCCCUUCAUGAUCACCUCCGCGGUCCAGGCCAGCGUCAGCAUCAAGAGGAUCAACAAGUUUAUGAGGAGUGCAGAGUUAGAUACGGGAACUAUUAAGAAGGUUGAAAGCAAGGAUAAGGAAAUCGCUGUUAAAGUUACAAAUGCAUCAUUUAACUGGGAAGAGAGUCCAGUAAAGGAAGACGAUAAAACCAAAGCGAAUGGUUCAGAUAAAAAGAACGGAGAGGUCAAGGUGAACGGAGAAACUAAAAGUAAAGAUGAUGAAAGUACAAAGAUGUUGAAUGGUUCAGGAGAUAUGGAGAAGGAGAAGGAAAAAGAAGUCUUCAAAUUAUCUAAUCUUAAUAUCAGCAUUAAAACGGGAAGUCUAUGCGCUAUUGUCGGGAGUGUUGGAAGCGGGAAAUCCAGUUUUCUGUCUGCUCUGCUAGGAGAGAUGGAUAAGACUGACGGAGAGGUUGAGCUAGCGGGUAAAAUAGCUUAUGUCUCCCAGCAGGCCUGGAUACAGAACGCAACUCUGAGAAAAAAUAUCACAUUCGGGAAAAAGUUGGAAGAAAAUUUGUAUAACAAGGUUAUCUCAGACUGCGCACUUAAAUCGGAUCUUGAAAUUUUGCCCGGCGGAGAUUCAACAGAGAUUGGAGAAAAGGGGAUAAAUCUUUCAGGAGGACAGAAACAACGUGUUGCCAUAGCUCGAGCUGUUUACUACGACGCAGAUCUUUAUCUUCUUGAUGAUCCUCUCUCUGCUGUAGACUCACAUGUUGGUAAGCACAUAUUCGACAAUGUGAUUGGACCCACUGGAUCUCUGGCCGGUAAAACAAGACUCCUGGUCACACACGGAGUCACGUUCCUGCCCCAGGUUGACCAGAUCAUCGUGUUCAAGAACGGAUCUGUGAGUGAGAGCGGAACAUAUAGAGAACUCCUGGCUCAGAAAGGAGCUUUUGCAGAGUUCUUGGUUCAGUAUCUCUCCGACCAGGAGGAAGACCCGGAGAUGGAAAAGAUCAAGACGGAACUAGAGCAGCAGCUUGGACGCGAGGAGUAUGUCCGACAAUUAUCCAGGGUAAGGACGGAGUCGGAGAACAGAGAUCUUUCCAAGAGACGUGGAUCAGACCAAAGUACUACUAGUGCAGGAACUGCCUCCGUGCACUCUUUGAGUCCUAAGAAAUCCGUGAGUCCUGUGAAGAGUCCAGAGAAGCCUGCCGAGGACAAGACCAAACAUCAGCAGUAUAAAGACGAAAAGGCUGAGACCGGACAAGUUUCCUGGAGGAUUUAUCUGAUAUAUUUCCAGAACAUGGGAUACCUACUCUUCUCCGCCUGUGUCAUGCUCUAUGCUCUCUACCAAACCUUCACGGCGUGUGGAUCCAUUUGGCUUUCACACUGGGCUGACAGCACCCUUCCGUUCGUAUCAAACUCAACCUUGGACGAUCUUAGAUCAAAGAAUGGAACUCUUGUGGAUAUUUAUCUGGGGGUCUAUGGAGGGCUUGGAUUUUCUCAGGCCUUCGGAGCUAUUUUCGCCAGCUUACUGCUCUAUCUGUCAACCUUAAACGGAGCUAAAGCGCUCCAUGAAAAAAUGUUGAUAAGGAUUAUGCAUUCUCCUAUGUCAUUCUUUGAUACAACUCCACAAGGUCGAAUCAUUAACAGAUUCAGUAAGGACGUUGAUGUCCUGGAUACAACGAUGCCUAUGAUUCUCCGAGGAUGGAUUACCUGCCUUCUCCAGGUGGUUGCAACCUUCCUGGUGAUCAUGUACACAACCCCUCCUGCUAUACUCUUUAUCUCUAUAGUCCUGGUAGGAUACUACUUCGUUCAGAGGGUUUACGUUGCAUCCUCUCGUCAGUUAAAACGCCUUGAAUCCGUCUCUAAAUCUCCAAUCUAUUCUCAUUUUGGCGAAACAAUCAGUGGAGCCACCGUUAUCCGAGCCUACGGACUUCAGGAUCUCUUCAUUUCCGAGUCCCAGCUCCGAGUAGAUCAGAACCACAAGGCAUCCUUCCUGGGUAUAAUCGGUAACCGUUGGUUAGCAAUCCGUCUUGAAACUGUUGGAAACGCGAUUAUAUUCGCUGCUGCCCUGUUUGCAGUGCUGGCUCGUGAGAGCCUAUCCGCAGGUCUGGUUGGUCUGUCUGUCAGUUUUGCCCUGCAGGUGACUCAGACCCUGAACUGGUUGGUCAGGAUGGCGAGCGACGUUGAGACGAAUAUUGUUGCAGUGGAGAGACUGGAGGAGUAUAGUCAGCUGGCCGUAGAGGACGACUGGGACAGGGAGGAGACUGCUCCUAAUGCGAACUGGCCGGAGAAAGGUCAGAUAACCCUGGAGAAGUAUAGUACUCGGUACAGAGAAGGACUCGAUCUUGUUAUCAAAGAUAUCUCUGUAGACUUCAAGGGUGGAGAGAGGGUUGGGAUCGUUGGGCGUACCGGAGCAGGAAAAUCAUCCUUGACCUUGGCCUUAUUCCGUAUCAUUGAACCCAGCUCCGGGUCCAUCAAGAUUGACGGAGUUGAUGUCUCUAAACUGGGUCUGCACAACCUUAGAUCUAGGAUCACCAUCAUCCCUCAGGAUCCUGUACUAUUCUCUGGUACCUUGAGACACAAUCUGGAUCCUUUCAAGCAGUACGAUGACAGCGCUCUAUGGGAGGCUCUCAAGCACUCCCACCUCUUCGACUUCGUGACAGGAUUAGCGGCCGGGCUAGACCACGAGGUCAACGAGGGUGGAGAGAAUCUUUCCGUUGGUCAGAGACAGUUGAUCUGUCUAGCCAGAGCUCUUCUCCGUAAGACAAAGAUUCUGGUCCUGGACGAAGCUACUGCUGCAGUUGACCUGGAGACUGAUGAUAUUAUCCAGAAUACAAUAAGAACAGAAUUCGAUGGAUGCACAAUCAUCACGAUCGCUCAUCGUCUGAACACAAUCCUGGAUUACGACCGUGUCCUGGUUCUCUCGGAGGGAUCAGUGGCUGAAUUGGAUUCUCCGAAAACUCUGAUGAACAAAGAAGGAUCAAUUUUCCGGGACAUGUGUAAGGAUGCUGGACUUGCAUAGAGGCUGGGAUCUGUGUACACUGCUUCUUCUGUACAUACACAUGUACAUUCUUUACUAUUUCAAAGUGCAGAGCCCGAAAUUUAAAAGAUUUUCAUAACGAUACCCUGUCUUACGUUUUGGGCUCAGGGUACACCGAAUUUCUGGGCAUACAUUAGUUAAUUUUUAUUACACGAUCUGAAUCUUAAAUUCUUCAGUAUUAAUGUAAAGGUUGUUAGAAAACAUUGUACAGGUUUUUGCAGUACAUUGUACAGGUGUACCAAAUCAACCAAGUACUUAAAAUAUCCCAGUUGUACAUUAUAUAUGAGAAGGGACCAUUAUUUUGCUCUUUUUUUUCAAUCUUAAAUAAUUCCGUUCAACCCUUUUCAUGAACAAUCCCAGAUGUGAACUCAAUGAGUUGAAAAAAAUGUAAACAUUUUUGAAAAAAUUUCAUAUUUUUUAAAUUUUCACAAAUGUUUUCACAUCUUUAUGUAAAUUUUACUCUGUUUUGUCUCAAUGUCUGAAAUAUGUAAUCCCUGAUCUAUUCAAUCCUUGUACAUUUCUUAAUUAUGUACAGUGUACAUCCAUGGCAAUUAUGCACUUAACUAAAAUGGGUACUUACCAUACUCAACCUAUUUGUGUAUUGUUUCUCUCUCCCGUACAUAGUUUUUAAGUGUACUGCUGUUGGAGGGGGAGUCUAUUUAAAUUGUAAAAUGUAAAUAAGAAAAACGACCAAAGCGGGGAUCUGAUAAAAAUACGUACAAAAAGUCCGAAAUGCAAAACAAAACCAAGAAAUAUUCUUCAAACGGUUUCCAAAAUCUAUUUUUUUAAGUUCUCAAGGGGAAAUACCGUAUUUUUUAAUAUGGAGUUUUUUACAGAUUUUAAUCCUACUUUUUUUUAUAAUUAGAGAAGGGCAAUUCUAAUAGAAGCUGUAAAUAAACCAAAUCAGAUUUGCCUCUUACUGUUAUUUCACCAUUGUGUCCAAUAUGUAUUCAUUUAUACCUAGUUGUUAGUUUAUUAGAAAAUAUACUGUACUUUCAACAAUAUUUA